AUGAGAUGGCAAGUUCACUCUUUCGGCUCCCUUGCAAAGUCUGCGUCCAUCGACUAACACGUACAUGAUCUCGUCCCUCCUCCACCUCAGGCCAAGACGCAAAAGAACAAGGCCACCUCGUUCCAUCUCGGCCAACUCAAGGCCAAGCUCGCCAAGCUCAAGCGAGAACUCUUGACCCCGACCACGGGAGGAGGAGGUGGUGGUGGUGUCGGCUUCGAUGUCGCCAGGACAGGUAUCGCAUCAGUCGGAUUCGUGUAAGCGAACCCCACCUCGUAUUAUUUGAGGUAGAUGAUGACGAUCUGACCUCCUUGCCCAACAUCACAGCGGCUUCCCUUCGGUCGGUAAAUCGUCCCUCAUGAGUGGGCUCACCGGAACAGAGUCCAUCGCCGCCGACUAUGAAUUCACAACCUUGACCACGUACGUACCUCGCGAAUGCUCCCUGUACAUGCCGCAAUACCUCUGACUCUUCGAACCGUACCCGAACAGCGUUCCCGGUACACUGCAAGUCCACGGUGCCCCAAUCCAGAUCCUCGAUCUGCCCGGUAUUAUCGAAGGCGCCAAGGACGGUAAAGGUCGUGGUCGACAGGUCAUUGCUGGUAAGCAUGACCACAGCGUUUUGGCUACACCGUCCGAGUCAGGAGCUCAUCAUAACCUUCUCCAGUCGCACGAACAUGCAAUCUCAUCUUCAUCGUCCUCGACGUGCUCAAACCGCUCGGCGACAAAUCCAUCAUCGAAAACGAACUCGAAGGGUUCGGCAUCCGGCUAGGCAAGAAACCUCCCGCGAUCACGGUCAAGAAGAAGGAGAAGGGCGGGAUCGCCAUCUCCAAUACGGUGCCUUUGACCCACAUCGACUCGGACGAGAUCAAGGCCGUUUUGGCCGAAUACAAAAUGUCCAACGCCGACGUCGCGUUGAGGUGUGACCCCACGUUGGACGAGUUCAUCGAUGUCGUCGAAGGUGGGAGGGUUUACAUCCCCGUCGUAUACGUGUUGAACAAGAUCGAUGCCAUCUCGAUCGAAGAACUGGGUGGGUGCUCCUCUCUGUUGCCCAUUCUCACUGGUCACUUUAGCUGACGCUGGCCCCACUGUCUUAUCUGCAGACUUGCUGUAUAAAAUCCCCAACUCGGUACCCAUCUCGGCUAGGGAGUGGCUCAACAUUGACGAACUAAUCGAGGUACGCAUCGGUCCGGUUACCUAUCUCGUGAAGUGAGCAUCAUCACCGACUAACUUCGAGGCUCGGUGUUCAGACAAUGUGGGAGAAGCUCGACCUCGUGCGGAUCUACACCAAGCCCAAGGGCAAGCAACCCGACUAUUCUUCCCCCGUCGUUCUCAAGCGCGCAAGGUGUUCCGUAGAGGGUAGGUCCUCUGAUCAUCGUCCUGUGAGGUACGCUGCGAUGCGACUGGCCGAAGCUCACUUUGCUUUUUGGACCGGCACAGAUUUCUGCAACUCGAUCCACAAAGAUAUCUCGAAACAACUCAAGUACGCGAUGGUGUACGGCAGCUCGGUCAAGCAUUCGAGAGGUCAGAGGUGUGGACUGGAUCAUAUCCUGGCAGUGAGUGACCUCGCAUAGCAAAAUAUUGUUAUCUGGCUCGAUUUGUCGUAAGCGACUUUACUUACGCUUGCUUCUGUGAGUCUCGAACAGGACGAGGACGUCGUCAGUAUCUUCAAGAAGUAG